AUGGCGACAGAAUGGAGCGGGCAGCAGGGCUGCGCUCUCACCGUGGUCCUCUGUCUGUGGAGCGCGGUGAGCGGCCGCACCGCGGGCUCCGGCGGCAGCCAGGUGCUCGGCAUGCGGCUCGAGAGGAGCGACAAGCCGGCCAGCACCAACGACAACGGAGUCAUCCAGGUGACCGAGGAGAGCACCGUGCAGCUCCGGUUCUACGGGGUGCAGCUGCACCCGGGCGCCUGGACCCAGGUCCGCUUCACGGAGCUCGCGGAUGGAGGCGGCGGGGACCAGGAGGAGGAAGAAGAGGAGGAGGAGGAGGAGGAUGGGGAACAACGGGAGGCGGUGGCGGCGGCCAGGGGAGGCAGCGCGCGCGACAGGUCGUGCGUUGACUUCACGAAGGACAUCAGCGUCGGUCACUUCAUGAACGUGAGCAGCCGCGGCACGUCGGGGCUGCUCAGCGUGCACGUGAAGCCGCUGCGCAAGAGCGAGCCCUGGAAGGAAUACGCGCUGUGCACGCCGAGCGAGGACGGAGCCCGCUGGGUGCUGCUGGGGGACAGCGAUGGCAAGGUGCUGGUGGUGGAGGAGAAGAAGUCCCUGCUGCCCAUGUGGCUGCAGGUCAUCCUCAUCUCGUGCCUGCUCGUGCUGUCCGGCAUGUUCAGCGGCUUGAACCUGGGCCUCAUGGCGCUGGACCCCAUGGAGCUGCGCAUCGUCCAGAGCUGCGGCACCGACAAGGAGAAGAAGUACGCGCGCAAGAUCGAGCCCAUCCGCAGCAAGGGGAACUACCUGCUGUGCUCGCUGCUGAUGGGGAACGUCCUGGUGAACACCACCCUCACCAUCCUCCUGGACGACCUGAUCGGCUCCGGGCUGGGGGCGGUGGUGGCCUCCACCAUCGGUAUCGUCAUAUUCGGGGAGAUCGUCCCUCAGGCGCUGUGUUCCCGCCAUGGGUUGGCCGUGGGGGCCAACACCAUCAUGGUCACCAAGUUCUUCAUGCUCCUCACCCUGCCGCUGUCCUUCCCCAUCAGCAAGCUGCUGGACUUCCUGCUGGGACAGGAGAUCGGCACCGUCUACAACCGGGAGAAGCUGGUGGAGAUGCUCAAGGUGACCGAGCCCUACAACGACCUGGAUAAGGAGGAGCUCAACAUGAUCCAGGGGGCUCUGGAGCUCAGGACCAAGACGGUGGAGGAUGUGAUGACUCCCCUGGCCAACUGCUUUAUGAUGCAGGCGGACGCGGUGCUGAACUUCAACACCAUGUCUGAGAUCAUGGAGAGCGGCUACACACGCAUCCCCGUGUACGACGGCGAAAGGUCCAACAUCGUGGACAUCCUGUAUGUGAAGGACCUGGCCUUCGUGGACCCGGACGACUGCACGCACCUGAAGACCAUCACCAAGUUCUACAAUCACCCGGUGCACUUUGUGUUUCACGACACCAAGUUGGACGCCAUGCUGGAAGAGUUCAAGCAAGGUAAAUCUCACCUGGCCAUCGUUCAGAAGGUGAACAGCGAGGGGGAGGGGGAUCCUUUCUACGAGGUGCUGGGUCUGGUCACCUUAGAAGACGUCAUCGAAGAGAUCAUCAAGUCGGAGAUCCUGGAUGAGUCCGAUCUUUACAGUGAGUCAGCACUUUCUGCCACGUCUUGCACAAACCUAACACCUCUCACCUCACUGAGAACUUCAUUCAUAUAG